CAAAUAUAUUCGGAACAAACUAAUAUUAGAAAGGUUCCUACCGCUACACAGCGCAACCAAAGAGUGGAAAAAACACGGAAGUGGCCGGGUUGGGUGACCGUUUUUUCAUUCUCAUUCUCACUUAAAUGAUAGCGCAAACGGUGCUUUUUAAAUCGAUGGGGAAUCACACCCCGUGAGCACCAUUAGUGAACACUGCUCACUCUCAUGACAAAUAGGAAUGGCACUCAGGAUGUCAUGCUGAUUCCAAAACGGUCUUGUUACUGUCUUAUUGGAAGCAGAGGUGGAAAAAUAUGUGUACCGUCCUCACCGCUGAUUUUGCAAGAUAACAGAAAGUAACCCCCGCGGACACUCAAGCUUCAAAUUGUCCCUGCUAAGUCAUAAUGAACUUGGUGUCAUGGGAGAACCUUCACGAGGUGCGCCGGUUGUGCCACUGGGGUCCGAUCAUCGCCUUGUCUGUCAUCGCCGUGUGUUCCUCUAUGGCUAUGAUAGAUUCCAUCAUCUGGUACUGGCCUCUGGACACAACCGGCGGAAGCAUAAACUUCAUAAUGCUCCUCAAUUGGACUGUCCUUAUCCUCUACAACUACUUCAAUGCUAUGUUCAUCGGGCCGGGGUACAUUCCCCUCGCUUGGAAGCCUGAGAAUCAAGAGGACACCCAAUACUUGCAGUAUUGUAGAGCGUGUCAAGCUUUCAAGGCCCCAAGGUCCCACCACUGCCGCAAAUGUAACAGGUGCGUAAUGAAGAUGGACCACCACUGCCCCUGGAUCAACAACUGCUGUGGCCACCAGAACCACGCAUACUUCACCAGCUUCCUGCUGCUGGCCCCAUUAGGGUGCUCGCACGCUACAGCCAUCUUUAUCAUGACCAUGUACACACAGCUGUAUGAGAGGAUCUCAUUUGGCUGGAGCACAGUGAAGAUUGACAUGAGCGCCAUGCGCCAGAGGCAGCCCCUCAUACCCUUCAGCGUCGCCGCCUUCGCCGCCACCCUCUUCGCCUUGGGCUUGGCGCUCGGGACCACCAUCGCUGUGGGCAUGCUCUUUGUAAUACAGAUGAAAGUCAUCAUUCGAAACAAAACCUCAAUAGAGUCCUGGAUCGAGGAAAAGGCCAAAGACAGAAUACAGCACUACCAAACCGGGGAGGAGUUCAUCUUCCCAUACGACCUCGGUAGCCGUUGGCUCAACUUCAAAGAGGUCUUCACGUGGUCAGGUUUGCCCAAAGGAGACGGCCUCUGGUGGCCCGUCCACCCCAAGUGUCACCAGCACACCUUAACGAUCGAGCAACUGAAGCAGAAGGCCGACAAACGCGUGAGAAGUCAGGUCCAGUACCGUGCAGUUGAGGACUACAAUGGCGCUUGCUGCCCCAUGACCAAGGGCAUCCAAACCUUUUUCCGAACCCCUUGCACAGAAGAGCCCAGAAUACCCCUACAGCGUGGGGACACCAUUCUCGCCACCCGUGGCACCAAAUGGUGGAUGUAUGGAGACAAAGUCUUAAACGAGGAGCAAACAAGAGUGGGGACUCGCAUUCGUGGAUGGUUUCCGCGGCGAUGCGUGGAAAAGUGCCAUUAUGACACCGCGGUCGUCGACGGUGCCGGCGAUAAAAAAGCCAACUAGCGAGGUUGCGCAAAUAUUUGCCGAUGUCACUCUCGGUGCUGCGUACAUCACCGCAUAUUCUGGUCAACACACAUUUUGAUACUGACUUGAAUUUGUCCAAAAAAAUGAAAAAAGGCCUUGGAAUAUUACUAAGCAUAAGUCAUGUGUGGUGAAGAAGAGUCUGAAUUUCAAUGAGGCUUUAAUGUGACUGCAUAAGAUGUUUCACUUGAAUUCUGUUUGUUACGUGUGCCAAUGUUGUGCGUUUUUUGCCAAUUAUGCAAUUUGCCUCUGCCGCCCCAGCCGGACAAACCCCAGGGCCAGGUCAUGCAACUCUUUCUACUACUGUAGCCCAAUAGCGCUUGAUUUGUCCUUUAUUUUUUUUGUAAAACAAAGCUGUUCGCUUCAAAAUUAAAAGAUUUCAAAACAUU